AUGGUAGUUUUAAACAACGGAAGCUACACCAGAGUGGACGCACGAAGAUCAGCCAGCGCUAUUGACGUCACUUUGGCGUCGGCAGACAUAAGCUUGCUGUUCGAGUGGGAGACGCUGGACUAUCCCUACGGAAGUGACCACCUGCCGAUUUCUUUCGGUACAACCUCGAUCCACUCGGACGUUACACUUCCAGCCAUCAAUUACAAAAAAGUGGACUGGACUUUGUACGAAAACCUUGUGGAAGAAGCAGUAAGCAGGAAUCGGAAUCCAACGUACGACGAGUUCUUCCAGAUCGUCAAAACCAGCCUGGUACAAGCAUGCCCGCCACCAAGACCGCUACAGACAACGAAGAAGGUGCCACUUCCGUUUUGGGACGAUGAGUUGGAUGCAGCAAAAUGUGAAAGUCGCCAGAAGUUCAGCGUUUGGCGCCGCUCACUCGACUACGAAGCCUAUCAGGACUAUUCUGCAGCAGAGAAACGGUUCAAGGAUCUGGUGAAAUCCAAACGCUCUCAAUCGUGGAGAGCCAAAUGUGACACGCUGGACUCACAAACAUCGGUCAAAGACCUAUGGAGGUGGGCUAAGCGUUACAAGGGGAGAGCUGCUGGCAGACAACAAACGCUGAGGGAUGAGCAGAUACUGGAGGAAGUUCUCGAUCGGUUAGCACCCUCUUCGACGAGGCCACCUCCUCCGCCGGAGUCGGUCUGCGACUGUGGGAGGCACAAUGGACAAUCGUACUUCUCUAUACACGACCUGCAAACAGUGUUUAAACAGGGGAAGGACACAGCACCUGGUGCAGAUGACUUAAACUACUCAACAAUACGGAAACUCCCUUCAACGCUCAAGUGA